AUGGAGUUGCAAGAGUUGAACUUAUCACAUAAUGAAUUGGUUGGUCCAAUUCCAUCUUCUUUAAUGACAAGCUUGAUAUCAUUGGAUUUAUCUUAUAAUUCUCUGGAAGGUCCAGUUCCAGAGAGCCAUUUCUUUCAAGUAGCUCCUCUUGUGUGGUUUACCCACAAUAAAGGUUUAUAUGGCCAAGUGCAUGGUUUACCUUUGUGUCAUCAAUCUUGGUCAGCAAGUAAAGGUGAUGAAGAGAAGCAACAUAAAAUCAUUAUCUUAGGUGUUUCUUUGAUAUUUGGCAUUUUAUUUAUCUUAUUUUUGAUAAUUGGAAUAUGCACAUUGCUUUAUUAUAAGAAAAAAAGAUCCACUAUAAAUGACGCAAGUGAAGAAUUUGAUGGACAUUUCUUCUCCAUUUGGAGAGUUAGUGAUGGCAAAGAAGCAUAUAAAGAGAUCAUUAGAGCAACAGAAAAUUUUAAUGAAAAGUAUCAUAUUGGUACCGGAGCUUGUAGUAUAGUCUAUAAAGCCACACUAUCAUCAGGAGUGACACUUGCUAUCAAGAAAAUUCAAAAAGAAGAAGUCCAAAUGAAUGAGGAAGCUUUCGAAAAUGAAAUACAAGCAUUAACUGAAAUUCGGCAUCGGAAUAUUGUGAGGUUUUAUGGUUUCUGCUCUACAAAUAAAUUCAACUUUCUUGCAUAUGAGUAUAUGGUGAGAGGAAGCCUGUGCACCAAUCUUAGAUCUGAACAGGGAGCAAUGGAGUUGGAUUGGAUCAAGAGAGUCAGCAUUGUACGAGACAUUGCUCAAGCUUUAUCUUACUUGCAUCAUGAUUGUAAUCUACCUAUUGUUCAUCGAGAUAUAACGAGCAACAACAUUCUUUUGGAUGAAGAGUACAAGGCUUGUGUUGCGGACUUUGGUAUUUCUCGACUGCUAAAAUCUAAUUCUUCACAUUGGAGUUUCCUUGCAGGCACAUACAGAUACAUGGCACCAGAGCUUUCCUAUGUAAUGAGAGUGACUGAAAAAUGUGAUGUAUAUAGUUUCGGAAUUAUAGCUCUUGAAAUCAUACACGGAACGCAUCCUGUGGAUCUCCUAAACAACUUAUCAUUAAGUAUGCUAGUGAAAGAUAUGCUAGAUCCACGUCUCCCCCUUCAUGUAGCUGAUAAAGUGACCACAAACCAAGUGCUUGCAGUGAUUUUAACAGCAAUGCAGUGCAUCAAUACUGAUCCACAGUCUCGCCCUACAAUAGAACUAGGAUCUCAAUGA